UCAACUAAUCUUGCCUAAAAUCCAUCAUUCUCGAGAAUCCUUUUUACUUUAAUCUUCGUUGAUCUUUUGAUACAAUUUCGCUUCCACUCGAGCCGACUUCGGCAAUCUUCGUUCACCGUUCGGCAAGUUCCGUGUGCGCUUCGGUCACGCUCGGCUCAGGCGCUCGCUCUGAUCGGCUUUCCGUCUCCCCAGUUCCGAGUGUGUCGUUGUUGUUGUCGGUGACGCGGCGGAGGUGUAGCCUGACGCGGUCUCUUACGUGUCGGCCCGAAUAAAAGUGGAGCUCCGAGGGCUCGCGAGUGACGGAAGGAGUGUGUAUCGAUAACUAACUCGAUGACCAUGGAGGCGGGAGCGGAGGCCCAGCAGGGUGCAGACACGGCUGUGGCUGAGACUGAGGCCCAGCAGAUCACCCAGGCCCAGAUCGCCACGCUCACUCAGGUGACCGUGGGUGCAGGACAUGCCACCGCCACCGCCCCCACCGUCACCCUGGUGCAGUUGCCUAACGGGCAGACAGUGCAAGUGCACGGAGUGAUCCAGGCAGCACAGCCCUCCGUCAUCCAGUCCCCACAAGUGCAGGCAGUCCAGAUUUCUACAGUGGCGGAGAGCGAGGACUCGCAGGAGUCCGUGGACAGCGUGACUGACUCUCAGAAACGCAGAGAGAUCCUCUCCAGACGCCCUUCUUACAGGAAGAUUCUGAACGAUUUGUCGUCAGAUGCCCCAGGAGUACCAAGAAUUGAAGAGGAGAAAUCCGAGGAAGACGCUGCACCUGCCAUCACUACAGUUACCGUGCCAACCCCAAUUUAUCAGACCAGCAGUGGCCAGUACAUUGCUAUCACACAGGGUGGAGCCAUCCAGCUGGCCAAUAACGGCACAGACGGCGUGCAAGGUCUACAAACUCUGACCAUGACGAACGCGGCGGCUGCACAGCCGGGCACCACUAUCCUGCAGUAUGCCCAGACGAGCGACGGGCAGCAGAUCCUGGUGCCCAGCAACCAAGUGGUGGUGCAAGCUGCUUCAGGAGACGUUCAGGCGUAUCAGAUCCGCACAGCAGCAGCGAGUACCAUUGGCCCUGGAGUGGUCAUGGCCUCGUCGCCUGCUCUGCCCAGCCAAGGAGGUGCUGAGGAGGCCACGCGCAAACGAGAAGUGCGCCUCAUGAAGAACCGGGAGGCAGCCCGAGAGUGCCGCCGGAAGAAGAAGGAAUACGUGAAGUGUCUGGAGAACCGCGUGGCUGUUUUGGAGAACCAGAACAAAACUCUCAUUGAAGAACUGAAAGCUCUCAAAGACCUGUACUGCCAUAAAUCCGAGUAACGUCCUCGUCCACGUUUGUCCUUGGUGGACUUCAGUGUACAUUUACAGAGACUGUGUGUGAGCUCUCCUUGGAAGGAACGCAUGUUUUCUAAAUAUACUUUCAAAAAAACAAAAAAACAAAAAACUAAACGUUUCAAACUGCCUGGAAAUUCCCAUGAACACAAGGGGCGUGAACGUGAACCCCCUGGCCAAAAUCUCUGCACCAAUGGAUCAUGUCUUUACAAAUAUAUCGGGUAAAGGUGUUCUAGGACUUUAAUAAUUCCCUGACUCUUUUCUCCUGUUAAGCUCCCCAGGUUUGUUGGAAAAAUGUAACAAAUCGGAAUAUAAUGCAAGAGGCACAAGCAACUCAGUUAUGCUAUUUAAGUUUACUUUAAAAAUCUCUGGCUGUUGAGGGUCAGUUAGGAAUGUAGAAGUUGGAAUGAGAAACAUUUUCCCUCAAGCAUCAGAUUUUGAGCUAUAUUUGUCUGACUGUUACUAAUAUUUGGUGUCAAAUGUUUGAGUUAGUGGUUUUGGAGGGGGGUUGGGGGGGCGGGGGGUUGCCUACCUACACACAUUUCUACUGUAAAAUAUUGUUGAAUUUACUUUUGAUGCCUUAUAAAAUAACUGUAUGAAAACAGAUCAAGAGAAUUUAAGGCAUUUAUAAAUGAAAAUAUUUGUAUUGUGUAUAGGAAACUAUUCUAGUCAUGUAAAUUCUGAGUUUAGUUGGUAACUGCAUUUUGUUAAGAGAGAAGCCUUGCUUCAAACCAAUAGUGAUCCGCUGCACUGGAUCUGGCGUUUCCCCUUCUUUUGGAUAUUAAACUUGUUCUAAAUCAAGUUAUUUUGCGUUCCCUUCAGAAUAAGCGAACACAUUCCUCAUUGCUUAAAUUCUUUGUAGAAUUUAAGCAGCUAUUGCGCCUCUGAGUCAAACCAUAUUUGCUAAUAUUUCUGCAAGCGCUGGUGCGUCUGAGGGCGGACUGUGACGAGGCGACACAAAAGGGAGAAUGUGGAUGUGUCUAGUAUGUGCAGUUUGGCAAUAGCUAGGUUUCUGUGUGUGUGUGAGAGAGAGAGGAUCCAAGUGUGUUUGCUGAACUUGGUUGAAAUCAAGGCUAACAGGAUGUUGAUGUACUGAUCUGGGCUGCUUCUUUUCCACUCAAGCACAAAGUGUUACAGUGGGCUUAAUUCGGGCAUUCGGUUUGCGUAAACAGUGAAUAGAUACGAUGAAAUAUUAUAAAGAUUUUUAAAUGUCACGGACUUGCAAUCUUCUGCCAUUUUUUUAUAUACACAGAUAUGUUAACUUUUGCUUUGUCUUAAGCGGUUGAAUACUAAUGAAUAGCAUACUGUAUAACGAGUAUUAUUAUCUGUCACUACAGCAUGUUUAAACUUGUUUUGUAUAUCAUUUUUUAACUUUGAUAUCGCUAUGGUUAUUUUUGCAUCGCAUCACAAUGGAUAUGGAUUUAAUGUCUUUGUAUUUGAUGCAUCAACACAUAAAUAGAGGGUACAAAUAUAUGUUGUUAGUCUACCAUGACUGUUGCAUUUUUGGCAGCUAUUUCAUAUAAAACAAGUGUGUGGAAACC